AUGAUUUUGCAUUUCCGUGGAGGAGACCUGUUUGUAAACAAAGCAGUUCUCCUCCGUCAGCUCAUGCACACUGCUUUGUAUGGCCAUGUGGAGCACAGUCAUCCAAAGCAGUGUGCUUACAGUAAAGCACGGACACUGCACUUAGUAAAACAGCACACAGUUAACCCUUUGAUCGCCCAUCAUGUUAACCCCUUCCUGCUCUGUGCCAUUAGUACAGUGUCAGUGCUUUUUUUUAGUACUGAUCACUGUAUUGGUGUCACUGGGGAUGUCAAUGACACCAUGUCAGUUCCCUCCAGUGUCAGAAUGCCCACCGCAGUCCCACUAUAA